AUGCUGCAAAAUCGCCUUGCUAUCUUGCUUGCCCUUUUGCCAUGGCUAGGGAUAUUCGCCAUGGCUCAGAACGUGGCAUCUCAGGCGUACACACCUGUUGCUGCGCGGUGUCCUGCCGGCUUCAAUCUGGUGCGGAUGGCUGGUAGUCCGGGGAAUCAGGCUCUUAGCUCAUCUGAGGCCUCCUACAUCCAAAAUCGCAAGACCAACGUCCUUCCACAAGCCUGGAAGACAUAUCUCUCCAACGUGUUGUCCACUAAUCCUUCUCUCCCGGGUUACGUCUCAAGCAUUCUUUCGGGCGCUAGCUCCGAGAUCCCAACUCUAGGAAUUGCAACGAGUGGAGGAGGGUAUAGGGCUGCAAUCUUUGGUGCAGGAGUGUUGAAUGCACUAGACGCGCGAAAUUUGUCUUCCGAUGCUGCUGGGACAGGCGGGUUGCUCCAGGCAGCAACCUAUCUGUCAGGAUUGUCAGGCGGAUCAUGGUUCAUCACAUCCCUUACGCAAGCCAAUUUCCCCACUAUCCAAGAACUCAUUUUUGGACCCGCUAGUCCCACAGUCUCUAACAAUUCGUGGGGAGGAUGGAACGCUGGCUAUGAUAUUUUCACGCCAAGUAUCAACCCCAUCACGGAUACGGAAUAUUACACGGACCUUGUUGAUGAGUUGCGUGGAAAGUACGACGCCGGUUAUGUAGUGACAAUUGCGGACUAUUGGGCACGUGCACUAGCCAGACAUUUUGCUAAUGGCACUUUUUCGUCUAAUUUUUAUGACGAGUCGUACACUCACGGAGCGGGUAUCUUGUGGUCUGCUGUUGCAAACACGACCUCUUUUGCGUCCUAUUCCAUACCAUUCCCAAUUGUGGUCACAAACCUUCAAGCACCGGGUCAGAACUCAUCGGAGAUAAUUUCAGGAGACUCCAUCCCCUUAACCAAUCCCCUAUUCGAGUUCAAUGUCUUCGAAACGGGCUCUUUUGACCCGCAGCUUUCUGCGUUUGCGCCUACCAAAUACUUGGGAACGACAAACAACAGUAUCUGCAUCACCAACUACGAUCAGUCUGCGUUCGUCACUGGAUCAUCUUCUGAACUAUUCAAUGGCGCUAAUUUCACUAAUACCUUCAAUUCGACCUUUGGGCCCGUUCUAGCUCUUAUGGAGAGUCUCCUGCCUGAACCUGAGGUUGAAUACGACGUCGCUUCUUGGCCAAACCCAUUCUAUGGCGUAGCACCGGACACGUUCAUUGAUUCUGCGCAAACGAAUUUGAAUAUGGUGGACGGUGGUGAGGAUGGUGAAGUUAUUCCCUUGCAACCUCUCCUCGUAAAGGCGCGUGGCAUCGAUGUCAUUUUCGCCAUUGAUGCAACUAAUGAUAACAACGGCUUCGCGGAUGGCAGCUCUAUGAUCGCCACGCAAAAUCGUACUUCGCUUUACCCUUCUGCUUACUCGUUCCCUUUCGUUCCCACUUCUAUGGGAGAAUACACCGCACAAAACCUAACUACCCGCCCGACGUUCUUUGGAUGCAACACGACCAGUUCGAACGCAAGCACCCCCCUUCUUAUUUACCUUGCUAAUGGUGGUUCACCCCACAAUGGCGAACCUCCCGUUACCAACACCCCAACGACUCAAAUCUCUUAUACAUCAUCAGAGAUCCAGGCAAUGCUUAGCCAGACCUUUGUCAUUACGACCCAGGGAUAUCCAACAAACGGAGCGACGAAGGAUCCGGAUUGGCCGUCGUGUCUCGCAUGUGCCGUCGUCGAUCGUGCAAGGGAGCGAGCAGGAGUAGCAAGAAGUGGUAUUUGCUCUACCUGCUUGAACAGGUACUGCUGGGAUGGAAGCACGCUCACAACUGCUGCCUCUCACAGUGGUACUCAUCGCAUCGGCCACGCAUUCGGACAGCUGGGCGCCUUCGGGGUGGCGUCGGCUAUUGUGGUCAUGCUAAUGAUGUGA